AUGGACUCCAAAAGUAAUGUUAAAGUCAACAUGGCAUCAGAUCCCCCAGUCUACAAGUUUAUUCCCAGAGUGCCUAAGGACAGGAAACAAAUAAUCCUCAUUUCUGUAGUGUUGGUUCUUCUGGCCACUAUCAUUAUCGGAGCCAUUCUCAUUGGAGUGUACCUUACUCAGCAGCACAUUGAAAGGGUAAUUAAAACCAUUAGUAAUGGAAGUGAUGGUGAAGUGGUGGAGCAAACAGUGAUGGUGAACAACCAGGAAAAUGUGGCUGCAUUUCAUAUCCACAGCAAUUUAACUACAGCCACUGUUGUCUAUGACUAUAAAAAUCGUCUGAUUGGCUUCCGAAUUCAUGACCGAAGACAAUGUUUGGUGGUAGCAAUGGAUUCGGUGGACGUGCCCAGCCUAAAUGAAAUCACCCAGGGAAUUGAACACUUUGAUAAACAGAUCUCAGGAGAUGACAGCUUGGCCUACAGCUUCGAACAGGGAAAACUGGCUGAUCAGACCAUACUAGGAACUACAGUGAAUAUCCUCUGUAGCGAUGUACCUGUGUAUUGGGCUGAGAAAAUGCACAAAGAGCAACGAGGAGGACUGAUUCCCUGCCUGGGGCUUUUGAUUCUUAAUAUCUGCUUCAGACUCCUGCUACCAACUACUCUGGACUUCCGACUAACGAAAGUGACGAAAGGAAGGGAGGAGAGGCGGCCACGGGGAAAGGGCACUCUAGCCCCACGCGUCUGUAUCUUGGCGGAGAGGGCUGCAAUUGCUUCCUGCCUGCAGCUGCUGCUGUUGCUGCUUGCAUUGUCCGGCGAGGUAAGAGACCUUUUGCUUAUUCCUGGCGAGCUGCCGGAUUAUCCCCAGCCAGGGCUCCAGCCUAGAACCGGGUGCGAGGUGCCCCCAGGAAGCCCGGGGCUGCUGGCCGUGGGAAACCGCAGCGGCGAAGCCGGUGGAAACAGUGUUGCUAAUACGGGUCCUAAUGAUAGUUUCUCUCACAAUCCAGGCAGAGGCUGGGGAUGCGUGGAUGAUGUUCAUCCGCCUGGAUUUCGGCUGCGGCUGAAACGCGCUAGCCUGAUCCCUCCAAAUCCUGUUAACUCGAUUUAUUUAUGUUUUGCUUGCCUAGAAGUGCUCUCAGAGUGCUUGGGAGAAGCUGAAGGCGAAUGA